AGCCACGCCCCUCACUGCCUCGCCCCGCCCCGCGGCGACGUCACCUCCGGCCGACCAGCUUCCCCAACUCCCUCUGGCUCCCGCCUUCGCACGCUUCCGGUCGUCGUCGUCGCCGCUGCUGCCGCUGCUGUUGCUCCUGAGGCUGCUGGCUGAGGCCGGAGGAUCGAGCGGCGGCGGCGGCGGCGGCUGAGAGGGCGGCGGCGGGAGCGGAGCGAGACGAGGGAACGGGAGGAAGCGAGCGAGGAGCGCGCAGAGCGCGCUUUUCCGUCCGCCUGAGGAGCCGAAGCAGCCCCGGCCCCGCAGCCGCCGCCUGCCCGCCGGACAAAGCCGAGAGCCCGCGCCCACAGCCAUGUCCUCGUCAGCCGGCAGCGGCCACCAGCCCAGCCAGAGCCGCGCCAUCCCCACCCGCACCGUGGCCAUCAGCGACGCCGCGCAGCUACCUCAUGACUAUUGCACCACGCCCGGGGGGACGCUCUUCUCCACCACACCGGGAGGAACUCGAAUCAUUUAUGACAGAAAGUUUCUGUUGGAUCGUCGCAAUUCUCCCAUGGCUCAGACCCCACCCUGCCAUCUGCCCAAUAUCCCAGGAGUCACUAGCCCUGGCACCUUAAUUGAAGACUCCAAAGUAGAAGUAAACAAUUUGAACAACUUGAACAAUCACGACAGGAAACAUGCAGUUGGGGAUGAUGCUCAGUUCGAGAUGGACAUCUGACUCUCCUGCAAGGAUUAGAAGAAAAGCAGCAACACUGAUACUUGUGUGCACCUGAUUUGGCCAAUAGGAUCAACAGUGAAAAGACAGAAGAGGCAAUACCAGCAGUCCCCAUUACAGUCUCCACCUCCCCAUCUUCCUCUGGGUGCCAAAUGAUGGGAAGAUGAGCUUCAUCUGACCAUUUCUUCUCCCUGUCUCCUGUUCCCCUUCCCAGUUAAACAGGUUAGAUUGAAGGCCCUUGCUGUAUUUCUGUAGAGCUAAGCAGCCCUUAGAGGAAAACAGUUCAGCUCUGACUUUCCUAGUUGUUUUUUUAUUGAGAGCCACCCUCAUACCCUGUAAUUUUGUCCCAAAUCAAACAUCAACCUACCAACAACUGCCUGGCUGGGAAGUCUGGGGAAGGGAUACAGAGCUUGGUGGGCCUAACACCAUUCAUAUUCCUUACCCUCUGUCUCUCCUCCCUGUAUCCCACCUAUGGUUCAGUGUUGCAAGAGUCUGGGCUUGGGGUCUUUAAAACCAGCAGGGGGAAAUGAUAAAAAGAGAGCUGCUUUCCCUUUUACCUUGAGGUAUUCGUCCCUCGGGGCAGAGCACAGCUUGUGCAACUCUGGUAGCAUUACCCUGUGACACUGUUUUGAGGUCCACUUCCUUUCUUUCCUCUGGGAGGAAUGUCUUCUGUCUUUGGUAUUAUAGUUCAUCUUCCCAUUCUUUUACUUAGUGCAUUUGUGCAGAUAUUUUUAACUCUGUACAUCAGAAGAGAGCCCUUGGUAACCAGUUUUGCUCUUCUUCUGCCACUCCUCCCUGCUUGCAUCUCGUUGCUGGCAGAGUCCUCUUGUACUUCAAGAAAGCAAAGUGAUUUUGUCUGCUCCUAGAGCAGGUCCAUACCAAGUAAUAGAGGCACUUUAGCUUCCACUUGGUGGGUAAGGCCUGAUCAUAGUAUUCUGUCAGAUAAUGCCUAAGAAUGACCGCUGAAGAACGUUGACCCAUUUGAGUACCCGGUCUCAGUCGUCAUUUUUAAGUCCAGUGAGCAUUGUGGUAGUUGUUCUUAGAUUGCAGUUUCUUAUGUUUUGAGUUUGAAGUUGAUUUUCAGAAUGUUCUUAGAAAAGAACUGCAUUUUUUUCCUUUGUGGAUCUGCUUUGUUUGGCUGCUGGGAUAGAUAAGCAUGGGCUUAAAAAAUGUGUUCCUCCCAGUUUUCUUGCCUUUCCUGUUGUACUCUGAAUUUCUCUCCCUACCUCCCUUACUUUCUUCCUCUCUCCUUCCUUUCCUUCCUUUUUCUCUACCAGGCCAUUUUUCAAAUUUACAUCAAAGAUACCUGAAGUGUUGGUAUCUGAGAAUAUCUGUCACUCCUCUUAUCUGAGAAGUGACCUUUUAUUUUUAAGAUGACUACAGACCUAUUUUUAGAUAUGUUUUCAGUACAAUUUUGAACAGCAACUUUUUAAUUAAACAUCUUCCAGUGUUAGGAAGUUGAGAAACGUUCAUAGGCGAGUCUGCUGUUCUAUGUCACCAUCUUUUGUCUCCCCUAGUCCCCCAGGAGCUCUUUCCUUUCCCCUCUAGUUUUGGGUGUGCAUGUUUGGAGUUUGUAGUGGGUGGUUUGUAAAACUGGACCAUUCUGCCUUGCUAUGGGUUGUUCAAGAAAGCCUCAUUCUUUUCUGUGACCCUUUCGCUUUUGUAUUCACCCUCCUUCCCACCUACCUGUCCUGGGGCUGUUGAGCAGCAUAAUAAUCCCGGGAGAAUGAUUCCCCUCAUAGAAAGACAAAAGCAUCCAUCCCCUCAUAGUUAAGUAGCCACUGGUGUCCUGGGAAUUUCUGGUUGGAUUUGGUGCCCUGAACUUUUUUAUUAAGAAAUCAGAUCCCAGGGUGAGAGUAACAGGCCAUUUGGCCAAGAAAGAAACCUGUUUGUUUUUCUUUUGAACUAUGAAAAGACCCUGUUUGUGAAUAUAUUUUAGAAAGAGAGGAAGGAUGUCUGCAGAACUUUGUUCUGUUUUCUGCCACAAAAAUGUGAAUAGUUCAGAGUGAAAACCUUUUGUGACGGUUGAUGUCUCAGGAAUAAGCUGGAUCUCCAAUGUUUUGGGGAUGCUUUGAGUCUCAAAAAAAAUUGAUAAUCAGAAAAGUAAUUUUUGUUUGUUUGUUUAAUGUAUCCCUGUUCUGUUUUUAAUUAAACUCCAAGUCUCAUUUUA